GAAGAUGGGAGGGGAUGUCACCAACCUCAUUGAUAAGAUAUAAAGAGUCGCAAUGUGACAUGAAAUAAGGAACGUAUUUCAUUUGUGGACAACUGCGCAUUCAACUGGAACAGAAAUCUAGAACAUCUGUGAAUCAGAAAGACGUGCCAAUGGGGCAGUCCACAUCCAAAGGUGAAAGGUCAGGCCCUUGGGCUCGUUUCUCAGGCAAUGAGGAAGGACGUGGUGAUUCUAGCGGCCAACAACAAGAUGGUAACCAUGCGGUUCCUCCAGCCAUUGUUGUCUCGGAUAUGGAUUUAAGUGCGUCAGGCUCAACCACAGACCUGCGGAGAUCUUCUUUCUACAGCACUGUAGACCUGGUGCCACAGCUGGAAAAUUAUGCCAGCACCCUGCCACACCAGAAGUCGAAGAGCCGAGCUUCUCUGAAGACUCUCCGUAAGGCAUUUGGUGGAGGGGGGGCAGGGAUGGACGUAGCAAGCACCAUGACGGACUCAGUCAACAGUCUACCAGUCAUUGACAUCGGAAAUGAGGAGUCUCAAGGUUCUCAGGGGAAAGCUCCUGUUAGAUUUGGCUGGGUGACUGGAGUCAUGAUGCGUUGCAUGCUGAAUAUCUGGGGCGUCAUCCUGUUUCUCCGCCUGUCAUGGAUCAUCUCUCAGGCCGGCAUCUUGUUGACAUGCCUAAUUAUCCUGAUGUCUGUGGUAGUGACCUCAGUAACUGCACUCUCUAUCUCUGCCAUUGCCACCAACGGAAGAGUGACCUCAGGUGGGGCCUAUUUCAUGAUCUCCCGCUCUCUGGGUCCUGAAAUUGGUGGACCAAUUGGGAUGGUCUUUUCCUUCGCCAACGCUCUGGCUUGUGCACUCAACACUGUUGGCUUUGCAGAGGUUGUCCGUGAUCUAAUGCAGGAGUUUGGUGUCGUAAUGAUCGAUAAAGACAAUGAUGUCCGUAUUGUGGGUGUGAUCACUGUGACUCUUCUCCUGUUAAUAUCAUUGGCUGGAAUGGAGUGGGAGUCUAAGGCCCAGAUUUUCUUCUUCACAGUUCUUAUGGUUUCCUUUUCUAACUACUUUGUGGGCACAUUCCUCCCUCCCAGUCCAGAGAAACAGGCCAUGGGCAUAUUUGGAUACCGCAGUGAAGUCUUCAUAUCAAACCUGAAACCAGACUGGAGAGGAAAUGAUAAUGACUUUUUCCAGAUGUUCGCCAUUUUCUUCCCCUCAGCCAUCGGCAUCCUGUCUGGAGCUAACAUCUCUGGAGACCUCAAAGACCCUGCUACUGCUAUCCCCAAAGGCACACUCAUGGCCAUUCUCUUGACUACAAUCAGCUAUCUGGCUAUUUCUGUAACUGUUGGGUCGUGUGUCAUGCGGGACGCUUCUGGAAAUAUAAGUGACAUUUUGACUGGGAACAUCACUGAUGGCUGUGUGGGUCUGGGGUGUAACCUGGGCUGGAACUUCACAGAGUGCAUCCAGUCACAGUCUUGUGAAUAUGGUCUGGCCAACAAUUUAAAGGUGCUGGGCCAAGUUUCAGGUUUCUAUUACCUCAUCACUGCUGGUGUCUUUGCCGCCAGCUUGUCAUCUGCUCUCGGCUUCCUCGUCUCUGCUCCCAAAGUCUUUCAGUGUCUGUGCAGAGACAACUUAUACCCGUACAUAGGAUUCUUUGCAAAGGGUUAUGGGAAAAAUGAUGAGCCACUCCGAGCCUAUCUCCUCUGUUACAUAAUUGCUGCAGCUUUCAUCCUCAUUGGCAAGCUGAACACCAUCGCAGCCUUGAUCUCCAACUUCUUCCUGUGUUCCUAUUGUCUCAUCAACUUCAGCUGCUUUCAUGCUUCAAUCACCAACUCUCCUGGUUGGAGGCCGUCAUUUCACUACUACAGUAAAUGGACAGCUUUGUUUGGAGCUGUGAUCUCUGUAGUCCUGAUGUUCAUGCUGACCUGGUGGGCUGCUCUCGUAACCUUCAGUAUCAUCAUCUUCCUGUUUGGAUAUGUCAACUACAACAAGCCAAAGGUAAACUGGGGAUCAUCAGUCCAGGCAGGUACAUACAACAUGGCUUUGUCCUACUCUGUCUCUCUGUCUGGUGUUGAGGAUCAUGUCAAGAAUUUUAGACCCCAGUGUCUUGUCCUGACUGGGCCCCCAAACCAGCGACCUGCACUGGUGGACUUUGUUGGCUCCUUCACCAAGCAUAUAAGCCUCAUGAUCUGUGGAGACAUAAUCAUGGAGCAGGACAGGCAGACUCGGAUGCAGGAAACCACUGAGUGGUUGGUAAAAUGGAUGAACAAGAGGAGGGUGCGCUCGUUUUAUACUCCUUUCACUGCAGACAGCCUCAGAGCUGGAACUCGACACUUGCUGCAGGCUACUGGUCUUGGCAAGCUGAAGCCCAACACUCUUGUCAUGGGCUUCAAGACAAACUGGAAGGACAGUUCUCCUGAAAGCAUUGAAGAUUAUGUCAACACCAUAGAUGACACCUUCGACUCAAACCACUGUUUGUGUAUCUUGAGGAUGAUGGACGGGCUGGAUGUCUUUGACCAGUUUGACAGUGAAGUGAACCAGGGCUUUGAACCUGAAAAGCCUGUUGAAACUGAUGACCAGCAAUCCCCUGAAAGGGUGUCAGUUGACGACAUCUCCAGUAAAGGUGAUAGUGAUCAGAUCAAGACAGUGUUUCAGAAUGACCAGGGGAAGAAGACCAUUGAUGUCUACUGGAUAGCUGAUGAUGGAGGUCUGACCUUGCUGGUGCCUUACCUGCUCACCAGGAGAAAAAACUGGCGCAGCAGUAAGGUCAGGGUCUUCAUCGUGGGAGAUGAACAAAACAUGGAGGAAGGCCGCAAUGAGAUGAUCGCUCUGCUGAAGAGAUUCCGUCUGGAUUUUAAUGAUGUUAUAGUCAUGACAGACAGUGAGAAACGUCCGCACGCCAAGAGCCUCAGCAGGUUUUUGGACAGUGUCGCCCCCUUCAGGUUAUUUGAUGAACAGCAGGAAGGCGUCUCACUUGAGGAGCUGAGACAAAGUGCCCCGUGGAAAAUAUCUGACAAAGAGUUUGAGGCCUUCAAACUUAAGUCUGAGAAAAUAAUGAGGCUGAAUGAAAUCAUCCGCAGGAAUUCACAACAAACCGCUCUUGUGCUUGUGAGUCUUCCUGUGCCAGAGAGUGACUGCCCCAGUGCUCUGUACAUGGCCUGGCUGGAUACUCUGACCUGCGGCCUCCACUGCCCCGCGGUGCUGAUACGAGGAAACCAGCAGAACGUCCUCACUUUCUACUGCCAGUAAAUCCUGUCUCAGAGAGAUUGAUGACUCUUGCAGGGAUGGAUAUUUAGAGACAUAAAAUUAAAAGGAAAAAAUCCAACCAAACCUAAUAAGUGAUAUAAGUUUUGGGUGUGUAAUGUGUGCAAUAGGUGCCACAGAUGAGUAGAGUGUGCCUUUAGGAGUAGUGCUGGAAGAUAACAGCAAUAUCAGUUGACUUGCAUCACUGUCCUCAUGAUCAUCUUCAGGAUGAUGUAGAUGCCAACACCAUCUUAUUUGGUUGCCAGUGGCAACAGCUGCCACUGAAAGCAAAGAGAGAGGAACGUUUUUGGUCAUAACUCAAUUCACAUACUUAUUAACUGCAACUGGACUGAUUGGUGGAGGCAUAUAUUGAGUGGAACUGCAGGAUAUGAAUUCAAAGUCCAUUGAAUUACAAUCUGACUUGUAAGCAUCAUCAUUUUCACAAACAAGUCAACUUUGGGGGAAAUUAUUUGUGCACACUUGUGGUAGACAAAGUACUCAGAUACUUUAUGUCAGUCAAAGUUACAAUACCACAAUAUAAAGACUCUUACUUGCAGGUAAAGUCCUCAUGGAGCAAUGCAGUAUAAGCUCAUCAAUUGUUUUGUCUCUCAAAUAUUCAUCUAUAAAGUAACUUGUAACUUUAGCUGAGUAAAAAGCACAGUAUUCCCCUCUGAAUUGUAAUGAGGCAGAAGUAGACAGUAACAUCAAAUAGAAAUACUCAAGUAAAGUACAAUGACCUGAGGUAUUCUUAGUUACAAGAUUUUCCCAGAAAAGUCUUUUUCAUUAAACGUGUUCAACCAAUGAUUCCAUUCAUGGAUUUAACUUGUCAAAUAAAUAGAUUUAAGAUAGAUUCAACCUUUUAUUUUACUGCAAAAGUGUGUGAUCAUUCACAUUGCCUUUAGUUACUCAUUUUAUUUAUGGUGACCAUAAGAUAUGUUAGCCGAAUCUGAAAUCUGAAUCAAAAUAAAAUUAUAUAAUAUAGAAAAUUGCAGGUGUAACAGUAAUCCUAACUCAUGGGGUAAGAUUAUCUCUUGAUUUUGAAUUGGUUCAUUCAUUAUCCAAAAAUCUUCAAAGUUCAAAUAUUGUGUAAAAUGUACAGUAAAUUCAGUAUUAUGUCUUUCUUUCUCUUUCAGACUUUAUUAUUGUGCAUUACUUUUUACAAAGUGCAUCUUAUGUAAUGUAGAUUUCAUUUGCUUGAUUUUGUUAUGUGUUUGUUUUCUGGAUUAUUAAAUGACACUGUAGCUCUCA